CCCCCGAGCCCGGUGUUUAUAACCUGGGAUGCGCCACGCAACCGGCCCUGCUCUGCCGCCCGCCACCGCCGCCUGGGCCACGAGUGGUUCACCGAGCCGUGAGGUCAGAUUCCAGAAGCCGGGAACCCACACGUCCCAUCCAAGGCGACAUGUCCAGCAAAGGCUCCGUGGUCCUGGCCUACAGCGGCGGCCUGGAUACCUCCUGCAUCCUCGUGUGGCUGAAGGAGCAAGGCUAUGACGUCAUCGCCUACCUGGCCAACAUUGGUCAGAAGGAAGACUUCGAGGAAGCCAGGAAGAAGGCGCUGAAGCUCGGGGCCAAAAAGGUGUUCAUCGAGGACGUCAGCAAGGAGUUUGUGGAAGAGUUCAUCUGGCCCGCCAUCCAAUCCAGCGCGCUGUACGAGGACCGCUACCUCCUGGGCACCUCUCUCGCCAGGCCCUGCAUCGCCCGGAAACAAGUGGAGAUCGCCCAGCGAGAGGGAGCCAAGUAUGUGUCUCACGGUGCCACGGGAAAGGGAAAUGACCAGGUCCGGUUUGAGCUCACCUGCUACUCGCUGGCCCCUCAGAUUAAGGUAAGAUAUUGCUCCCUGGAGGAGGCGGGAAUCGCCUACUUCCAGCCGCCUCACUCCCGCCCCCGUGUCACUUCUUACCUGCAGCAACACGGAAUCCCCAUCCCGGUCACCCCCAAGAACCCAUGGAGCAUGGACGAGAACCUCAUGCACAUCAGCUACGAGGCUGGAAUCCUGGAGAACCCCAAGAACCAAGCGCCUCCGGGCCUCUACACAAAGACCCAGGACCCCGCCAAAGCCCCCAACAGCCCUGACAUCCUGGAGAUCGAGUUCAAGAAAGGGGUCCCCGUGAAGGUGACCAACGUCAAGGACGGCAUCACCCACCGCACGUCCCUGGAGCUCUUCAUGUACCUGAACGAAGUCGCGGGCAAGCACGGCGUGGGCCGCAUCGACAUCGUGGAGAACCGCUUCAUCGGGAUGAAGUCCCGAGGUAUCUACGAGACCCCAGCGGGGACGAUCCUUUACCACGCUCAUUUAGACAUUGAGGCCUUCACCAUGGAUCGCGAAGUGCGCAAAAUCAAACAGAGCCUGGGCUUGAAAUUCGCCGAGCUGGUGUACACGGGCUUCUGGCACAGCCCUGAGUGUGAGUUUGUCCGCCACUGCAUCGCCAAGUCCCAGGAGCGCGUGGAAGGGAAAGUGCAGGUGUCUGUCUUCAAGGGCCAAGUGUACAUCCUCAGCCGGGAGUCCCCGCUGUCCCUCUACAAUGAGGAGCUGGUGAGCAUGAACGUGCAGGGCGACUAUGAGCCAAUUGAUGCCACCGGCUUCAUCAAUAUCAACUCCCUCAGGCUGAGGGAAUAUCAUCGCCUCCAGAGCAAGGUCACUGCCAAAUAGACCGGUUGACAAUGAGGAGCUGGGCCUCCUCGUUUGCCCAUCUCCCAAGUACAGGCGCUAAUUGUUGUGAUAAUUUGUAAUUGUGACUUGUUCUCCCCGGCUGGCAGCCUGGUGGGGGUGCCAGCCCCCAGCUUUGUUCCCGGCUCCCCUGCAGCCUGUGGAAGUGGGCAUGGAAGGGAAGGGGGGCGUGCCUGCACUGUGGAGAUGUAAAAUGACAAUUAAAAAAAGAUACAUUA